AUGAGCGAGGAAGAAAAUUAUAAAUUUGCGGCUUGUACCUUCUUUGCGAAAAAUCAUCCAGGAGAGAUGUGCGGAAGUAAUGGUCUUCCUUUAACUCCUAGCUCGAUUACUAUUCUAGGCAGAUCCCAACGAUUAUUGACAAUAGAACAUCCAAAUUUAUGUACAUAUCUCGAUAUUAUACGCGGCAAACAUGAAAGAAUAAUAGUUGUAGCUGAAGUCAUUGGCAAAUCACUCGCUGAGUAUACAAAUAAGUUUAAUAUGGAGGAAAUCAUAAAUAUUGGUCUCCAAGUAUCAAAUGCAAUGAUGUAUUUACACGAACAAGAUAUAACUCAUAGGACACUAACUGAUGACAAUAUAUUGCUUGAUAGUUAUGGAAGAGUAAAACUGUUUAAUUAUGGGUUGUAUUAUAUGACUGAUGAAGGAAAUGAGGUUCCAUUUCCACUUGGUUUACCUCGAUAUUUAAGUCCUGAAACAAUACUCAAUGGUGGUGGUCCAUCAGCCGAUGUGUGGACAUUUGGCAUUAUCCUUUUAGAACUCUGUAUUGGAAAACUUUGGAAUAAUUUAAAACCUGGGCCAACUUUACGGAGGAUAUUAACAUUAGUUCAUGCUAAUAACCCCGCUGAAAGGAUAGCUAGAGAACAUGAUUGUAUGGAAGCAUAUAAGAAUGUACCAGGAGAAGUCAAAGACAUAAUAGAGAAAUGCCUGAAAAUUUAUCCUAGUGAGAGAAGUACAUUUGUGGAACUUCACAAUGAUCUAAAAAAAAUUAAUAGUCAAAUAUUAGAAGAUAUUAAGAAACCUCGAGGACUAAUGGCAUGUAAACUACAGUAUCUUUAUCAUUGGUGGCAGUUGGCUGGAGGUGACAUACAGGCUGAAUUAAAAAAGAAUGGACUUAUUAAAAGUAGUCCACCUAUAUUGUCUAUGCCACUUGCAAUUCUUUUAGAUGGAGGUACAAUAGGCGGCAAAAGUGGAGCUCUUUUUGAUCGUCGAAUUGCAAAAUACAGUUUAGAUCUAUUAAAGAAUCGCCUAAGUCACAUUCCACCACAAGAUUUCUACCCACUAAUGCAUGAGAGAAGGAAAGACUAUGAUGCAGUGGCAUUACCGAAGACCAUCAGGGAACGAGAUACAGAGUACCAGUUUUAUAGAUUACUAUGGUUUCAAAGGCUUUUGCAUGGGUAUCCAUAUACAUCGCAAUAUAUAAAAGCUGAAGCUGAAGUAGACAUACCGCCGCUAGUACGCGGUGACGUGUGGGCCGCCUUGCUCGGGGUGGUGGGGGAUAUAGAGGAACAGUAUGAACAGAUUGACAAAGAAACACCCACGCCUACUGAUAGACAGAUCGACGUAGACAUCCCCCGCUGCCACCAGUACUGCUGGCUGCUGUGCGGCGCGGCCGGGCACAGGACGCUGAAGCGCUUGCUCAAAGCCUGGCUGCUGACGAACCCCCAGUACGUGUACUGGCAAGGACUGGACUCGUUGACUGCACCAUUCCUAUAUUUGAAUUUUUGUAAUGAAGCUCGAGCGUUCGCCUGUCUAUCAGCAUUCGUGCCACGAUUCUUACACAAGUUCUUCUUGAAAGACAACAGUGCGGUUAUAAAGGAGUAUUUGGCAAAGUUUUGGCAAAUGGCGGCCUUUCACGAACCAGAGUUGGCAACACAUUUGCACGAUAUCAACUUUGUGCCAGAAUUGUUUGCUAUACCAUGGUUUUUGACUAUGUUUUCUCACGUAUUCCCUCUCCACAAGAUCGUCCACCUGUGGGACGCGCUGCUCGUGGAAGGGCCGUCGCUGCCGUUGUUCAUGGGCGUGGGGAUUCUCAGGCAGUUAAGAGACACUUUGCUAGACUCCGGCUUCAAUGAGUGCAUCCUGCUUUUCUCUGAUCUACCUGAAAUUGAUAUUGGGGAGUGUGUUAAGGAAUCAAUAGAGAUGUUCCGCAGCUCGCCACGGAGCAUCAGUUACCGCAGAUUCACUAAUGAACCGGAAAUAAAGGAUCCUAUGGACGUAGUUGAAGUUCCUAUGGAAAUGCUGCUGUCAGAGAUAUCUCCCCGGCUUAGUUUGUCAGACUUCUUUUCGUUAACAUGUCAAGAGAAGUCCUGUGUUGUUGACAUAAGGUCUAAUUUACUAUAUGAAAAGAGUUGUAUAGAUGGCAGUAUAAACGUGCCAUACAGUGGUGUACAUCUCGGACAGCACGAUCUCAAAUUGUUGGGCUCACAUCCAUACAAAACACUGAGCGAGGCGAUUAAAUUGAAGAAAACUAUAGUAGUAGCGUCCGCUGAAGACGAAACUGCACAGUUGUUUACCGAUUAUCUCGUCAAGUGCGGGGUGCCGCGCGUGUGCACCCUGCACGGCGGCGUGGCGGCGCUGCACGCGCACGUGCCCUCGCUCUUCACGCUGCCCAGGAGGAACGGGCAUAAG